GUGAGUUGCAAACUGAAGCUUUUGCAUAGAAGAAAUUGUUUUAUUUCUUUUUUUGAUGAACUAAAGUGGUGAUCAAAGUGUUGUCGAAAAUUUAAUUGUUUAUAAUUUUGGUGAAAUAUACAAAGAACACAACACAAAAUGACUGUUGACGAGAAAGAAUGCGUAAAAGUGAUUGUCAAAGAUGAACCUAUAAUCAAAACAAUCGAACUAAAGGAUAUUGGCUUCCUCGAACAACAACCGGUGAUCGUGAAUUGCCCCGCCUGUGAUGCUGAAGCGCUGAGUAUUGUGCGUUUGGAGGCGGUUACUUGUCUGCAACGGUUUCUAAGUGCUACAAAGUUGUGUAAAAAUUGGCAACGCCGCACUGACAUCAAUCAUUACUGUAGCAAAUGUGGCUGCUACAUUGGCCGUUAUGUGCCGAUCAUUUGCAGUGAACGUUGCAUAUCGCGCAGCGCACGAAAAAUGGCUGCGAGUGACAGCAUGGCACUGAAGACACCGCCGAAGGAUUGUGCUGCGCAAGUUCAAAAGAGGCGCGAGAAAGUGAAAGCGAACAGAGCUGCAGCAAAAGCCGAGAAGGAAGCCGCCAAAAAACAGGGAGCAACUGUAGUGGGGCAAUCGCAGGCAAAUUGAUAUCCAAAGGAGUUGAACGAAAGCUGCUCAGAAGAUAAAACGAUUUCUAUAAUGUAUAAUUUUAUUUUUAAUUUAUUGAAUGAUAAUUAAAAAUGUAUUGAAUGUGGGAGAAUCAAUGAUAAAAGCUCAAUGAAUAAUUUUUCUCAAGAAGAACUCAGGAUCGAGAAGUUCUUCUUCUUGCAGCUAGAACUUA